AUGCCUGUGGAUCAGAUGCUUCAUCUGAGAAUCGCCGAGUGCCGCCCUACGAACAAUGUCGCUAUGGUGCUCACUCCUCCGGCUGAAAACGAUUUAAAUCUUGCCAUCCAGCAACCGCUCCAGAAACCGGACAACGAUGCUAAACAGCCAAAUAACAUAUCCUUGAGUCGCAUAUAUCGACUGACACCCAAACCUACUCUCGUUUUAGAUGACACCCUACGAGUCGUCGAAGUAUCCAACAGUCAUGUGGAAGUCUUCAAGAGGCCGCGAGAAGAACUGUUGACUUCGAACGUUUACGACCUCCUCCCCUCCAUCCUCCCAGCCCCCGACAUCGCAUCCCUGAGCGGUGCCCUCAGCACUGCCAUAUCAACCCGCGAAGCACAGGUCAUUAAACGCGUUUAUGUGGUAGAACCCGACGCAUUCUUUUCACUCAGCGUGACGCCAAUUUUUGAAGAUGAUGUUUUAAUUUACGUACUCCUGGAAGCCCAGCGGGCCAAGCACCGCCAACGGGAAAGGUCGCGCUCCAUUAGCGAACAAACUUACCUCAACGAAACCUAUAAAAUCUUGAUCGACACGGUCAGGGAUUAUGCCAUUUUCAUGCUGGACACGCGCGGCCAUAUUGCGACCUGGAAUUCCGGAGCCGCUAUUUUGAAGGGAUACACGUCAUCCGACAUCAUCGGUCAGCAUUUCUCCAUCUUCUACGGUCGCGACGAUCGCGAAAUCAAUAAGCCGGCCCGCGAGUUAGAGGUCUGUCUACGAGAAGGAAAGGUCGAGGAUGAGGGCUGGCGGUAUCGAAAAGAUGGCAGCCGAUUCUGGGCUAAUGUCAUGAUCACCGCCAUCUACCAGCAUGGCAGCCAUGUGGGCUUUGUGAAAGUCACUCGCGACCUGACAGAACGCCGGGCGGCUGAGGCCCGUUUGAUCAAUGCCUUUGAAGAAUCCGCCAAGCUCAAGUCUGACUUUUUAGCUAACAUGUCCCAUGAAUUGCGCACCCCGAUGAAUGGGAUGCUCUUGGCUUUGACGAUGUUAUUAAGGACCGAGUUGGAUGAUGAGCAGCGGGAAUUUGCCACUAUCCUUGAAGAUUCAACAUCUAUUUUGCUACAGGUUAUCAACGAUGUGCUGGACUAUUCGAAACUCUCGUCGGGAACCUUUCCCUUGAACCCGGAUGUUCUCAACAUCCCUAAUGUGAUCACUGCCGUGGUUCGGAAUUGUCAGUCGGCGCUCAAACCCGGAGUGAAAAUCUCAGGCGAUGUCAGCGAGGGAUUCCCUGCGAAUCUGAAAGGUGAUCCACUACGAUUCCGCCAAGUUUUGCAAAACCUAGUCACAAACGCGGUGAAGUUCACCGAGAAUGGUCAUGUUCGAGUCCAUGCUAGUUAUGCAAUCGAUGAAAAGAACCCGGAUCUGUAUGUGAUCUCUACCCAAGUGGUAGACACUGGUAUCGGUGUGCCAGAGGAUGCCGCAAGCACCCUUUUCACCCCCUUUACUCGAUUUGCGGACACCGCCACCAAACGAUACCAGGGCACUGGUCUUGGUCUCUCGAUCUGCAAGAGUCUGGCAGAAUUGAUGGAUGGAGCGAUUGGGUUCCAUGCCAACCCAGAAGGACCCGGUAGUGUGUUCUGGAUGACAGCUAAGCUGUCUCGUAUUACCUCCCCGAUAUCGUCAACAAAGCCCAGGCUGCCACCUGUUACACCCGGGGCGUCCGAUCACUCCGCGUCGCUCCAAAAGAUCGCCCCACAUAAACACAUCCUCCUAGUCGAAGACAACAAAGUUAACCAAACUAUCAUGUUGAAGCUUCUCAGCAGCCUGGGCUUUACGCGUGUUGACGCAGCCUGGGAUGGCGCGGAAGCAGUGCGAAUGGUCAAGCAGAAGCCUUUGACCUACAAUGUUAUUUUGAUGGACAUCAACAUGCCAGUCAUGGACGGAUUGACCGCCACGGAACACAUUCGACAGAUGAAGGUCGACGUGCCUAUUCUUGCACUGACAGGCAAUGCCCUGAAAGGGGAUGCAGAGACAUAUCUGGCCAAGGGGAUGGACGAUUACAUUGCUAAACCAUUGCAUCGACAACAGCUGGUCGAUUUAUUAUGGAAAUGGUGCGGGUCGUGA